AUGGCAAAGGAUUUUAAACUGUUUUUAUUGCUUAUCGCUCUAAAUGUGAAUCAUAUUAAUAAUCAGUGGCCGGUAAUUGUACCGCAAUGCCCACCCGGCUAUGAAUUGAGAAUGAAUUUAUGUCAUUUUGUCGAAACGCAACCAAACCGAUGCCAACAAGGUUAUUUUUCCCCUUGUACGCAUUUAUUAAAUUCUACAAACGCGAUCUUGAAUGAUAAAGGAAUUACUACGACGUCAGUUCGGCAACAAAAACGUUGUCCACAUGACUCAGUUUUUAUAGAUGAAAAAUGCCGCAAAAUCAUUUGCACCAUGGGUGAAUACUAUCAGGGCCAGUGUUUGCAUCCCGCCUGCCCACCGGGUUUGGUAUGGCGUGGAAAACGCUGUCAAAAACCCGGCUACCUUGAAACUAUUAUUGAAAUUGAUAACGUAUUAAUUAAUAAAAUAUACGAUAAACCCUACACCGUUAUCGAAAACAGCACAAGUCACGUCGCUCAUCAUAACGAUAUCAGUAAAAUUACCCCUAUUCCUGCUACUACUAAUGCGAGUCCCCGCCAAACUCCGUCUACUGUGAAGCCUACGGCUCCAAGCACUCCUCGAAGCACUCCUACCAAGCGCCCUGUUUCUACGACCACCACUACUAGGCCUAACGGGAACACCAGCACUCCGCCUUUGGAGUGUUGCGUGGUGGUGACACCUCGUAUUUGUAAACUUUAUGGUGAAAAAUGGGUUUGCUUUAAUCGUCGUAGCAGAACUUGUGAGGCCAGAAUAUGUACAGCAUCUAUCGUUUAUUUAAAAGCUCCUGAAAUUCGUUACAGACAUCCUUUACUGAUAAUGCCACCAAAUCCAAAUUUAACAAGUUGUCAAGAAAGCAGCUGCGACAUGUUUACUACGAACAACGAUACUAUUGAUUGUUCUGGAUGCUCUCAUAGUAAUUUUGCAAAAUGUUCUUCAUAUUGUUAUCGUUAUAUGUGCCCGGCGGGUUCUUGUGCUUUCAUGGAUCUAGAAGCAUACUGUAAUUUAAAUUACUACCCAGGAAAAUUCGGCUGCUUAGAGCAAGAUGGCUGUAUAUGGAAUUGGUGUUAA